AGGACAGGAAGAACAUCAUUCACAUACAUCCCCCUUCUCAUAGUAAAGAAGCUCAGAGGACCCUCACGGAAGGAAAUGCUGUAAAAGUCAAUGUCUUUGUGAAGCCCUGGCUCACCCGUGAAUGUUCCCUGGCUCCAGGAUCCUGGGUUUCAGGAAGCCUGUCUGGCCUUUAGAGGAGCCAGAAAAGGUUCUAGAGCAAGCUGCUGGUGGAAACUGUUCCCCAGCCCUGCUGACAGUAGGUGGCUCCAACAGCAUCCUCAUCCCACCCAGUUUCUCUGCCAAGUCCUCAGAGAGUGGGACAGGAAUCCACCUACUUUCCCCCUGAAGGCAGCCAAGACCAGGACACUGGGGGAUCUUAAGGAACAUCUGAAGCCCUGGGAGCUUUGGGGAGGUAGAUUUCUGUGGUUUGGGGCAAGGGUUUCACACGGUAUAGGACUGAAAGCAGAGACUGCCAGAGGCUGAGGUUUGAGGAGGGAGGUGUGACCAGCUUCUUGGUGAAAAUUGGGGUGUGCACCUAUCUGGUUCAACCUAGACCUCGAUUAGCCCCAAUCCUGCCUUGCUUCCUUCAGCCUUCUCCACCUCCCUUGAGUGACUGCUAAGCCUCUUCCCUCUGGAGGCGGAGCCACGGCGCACUCUGAACAGCUUAAAACCCUAAGGCCUGAGUCUGGGGUGGGCAAUAGCCCUGGCAUGGCCCUCUGGCUCCUCACUCUGUGCCAGCUCCAUGGCCAGUCCUGUGGAGACAUCUCCAGGCUGUGCCAGUGGGUUGGGUCCCCAUCGGAGAAAGAGGACCACCUUCAGUGUUGGGCAGUUGUUGGAGCUGGAACGGGUAUUUGCAGCUAGGCCCUAUCCUGACAUCAGUACUCGUGAGCACCUGGCCCAGGUAACUCACCUGCCUGAAGCCAAAAUUCAGGUGUGGUUCCAGAACCGCCGAGCCAAGAGACUCAAGAACAGAAAGCCAGGAGCCCCAAAUCCUAGGCUGGAGCUUCCUCCAAACUCCUAUUGUCUUCCAGACACCCCCCAGCAGCCCUGGGUCCUUGGAACACCGGGCCAGCUUCUACACCCCACCAGCUCAUCUCAGCAUGCUUCAGCAUGCCCACAGACCUCCUGUGUAGCUCCCAGCUUGGGUCCAGGGCAGAGCUGGGCAGGAGCUAAAGCUGCAGCCUCACGGGGGCCAAGUGGGGCUUCAGGGGUUCACCCUUCUUUAGAGCAAAUUGUUCCUCAGACUUCACUGGACAGCCUGUCUGACCUUAUCUACACCUCAGCCAUUGUCACCAAUGUAGAUCACUCCUAAUUUAGGUGUAGAGCUUGUAAGAGUUUGUAGAGCUUGUAAGAGUUUGUAGAGCUUGUAAGAGUUUGUAGAGCUUGUAAGAUUGGCUCUUGUAGCCCGAUCCAUCUCUCCUGGGAUGGAGCACAUAAGAGAACCCCCGCCUCUUUUUACAUAGGGAGUGUUCUCUAACAGAGUUAGCUCAGAGACCCAACCCUCCACUCCCGACCUCCAGCAACCUAGUUGAAGGUCCUGUGCAGGGAUUCGAGUCUAGUUCCUACUACCCAGUGCCCUGGUCAUUUCUGGGGCAUAUGCCCAUUGUCUCAUCAGGAGAAACUGUCAAGGUAAGGGGCCAUGUUGUCGACCUCUAUUGCUAGGCUUGGGUCCCCAACUCCUAUUAUCUUAGCUGAUGAUCUCUUUCCUCUGAGGGGGUGGCCACCAGUCCGAGGGCCCUGCCAGGACCUUACCUAUGUGCCAGGGGAAGGGUACUGCUCCUAAACUGGACUGCUGGGACACCUACCCUUUUAUGGUUCAGGGCCCCAUUGCCUGACUUCCUGCCACCUGGACAAAUUAAUCAGAACUGUGGAUUUGAAGAGACAGUGAUAUUAAUGUUACAGAAAUAGAAGCCCGGGUCUUAGGUUGAUUGAAUUUUCCCGAAGAUC